AUGAAUCCUUCAGAAUUAUUUCUUCAUCGUUGCAAGCUAUUUUUCAAGGCAUCAAAUGAAGGAAAAUCAUCCUUUUUCUUAUCUGAUGUACCAAAAUGGUUACAUUCAAAUGGAUAUUCUUUCUUUCCAGAGUAUAUUAAAGCACCACCUCAUAGUAUACAUGGCGAAUAUUCUUGGGACCAAAAAGACACCAAUAAAAUAAUAAAAUUCAUUGUAGAGACGCUUUCCCGUGUAUAUCCUUCCUACUUCACUUCAGAAAUGGUUUCUAUUAAUCGCACAAAUAGGGUUAAUUGGAGUUCAUUUAACUCUUCUCAAAGCUAUAUGAAUAUAUAUGAAGCCAAUUUGCAAGAUAAACUUAUCAAAAAUUUCGAACGUCUUUUUCCAAAAUAUUGGCUUUUAGGUUUUAAACUUUUAUAUAAAUAUGAUUGGCACCCAGUUCCAAAUCGUCCGGACAAAGGGAGAAGUGACAUUAUUCUAACAAAUGGCAAAGGAAUCUUUGCAGUUGUUGAGACAAAAGUUAUCAAUUCAAGUAACAGAUAUGAAAAGCUCCAUGAUGUGCAAAGACAGGCCACUGAGUAUAAAACUAUGUUCCUCGAACACUUCGCUGAUGAUCCUGCAGUAAUUGCAGUCAUUGGCGUCUGGUUUACAAAUGAAACCCAUUAUGGAUUCUCCACAAACCACACCGACAAUUACACUAUCGGAUUUUCUAGUGAAAUAGAUGAGAUAAUCGCUAAAGCAGUAGAACCAGGUAAAUCUGAAUUACAAUAA